AUGCAGAGUGUUAUUAAUACGGUGAAAGGAACAGCUCUCGGAGUUGCGGGUUAUUUGACUCCUGUCCUAAAGGAAUCCAAGUUCCAAGAGACUGGUGUAUUAACCCCCGAAGAGUUUGUGGCUGCUGGUGACCACUUAGUGCACCAUUGUCCGACAUGGCAGUGGGCGAAGGGAGAAGAAAGCAAGAUAAAACCAUAUCUACCAUCUGACAAGCAAUUUCUUAUCACUAGGAAUGUGCCCUGUUAUAGAAGGUGCAAACAGAUAGAAUAUUGUGAGGACCAUGAAAAGAUAAUUGAAGAUGAACAUGAUGAAGAUGGAGGCUGGGUGGACACACACCACUAUGAUUCGGCUGGGUCCCCAACAUUGGAGGAAAAAGUAUGUGAGAUGACACUUGAAGCCGCAGAAACUGGAGACAGUGAUGGCGAUGGUGCUGGAGACCAGGAUGAUGAGGACGAUGAUUGUGAAGACGGGGAAGCCGAAGAUAUGGAACAGUUCCAAGAGUCAGGUCUUCUGGAUGAAGUUGAUCCAUCGACUGCCCUGAGUACGCGCAAGCCAACUAACACGGAUUUGACAAAGGUGAAAUCGCGUCCGGGUGAUGGUGAUGAAAUAGUGCGUACACGCACAUACGACCUGCAUAUAACCUAUGACAAGUACUAUCAGACACCUCGGCUUUGGCUCAUUGGAUAUGAUGAAGAAAGAAAGUUGCUAAGUGUAUCUCAAAUGUAUGAAGAUGUGUCCCAAGAUCAUGCCAAGAAGACCGUAACCAUGGAGACACAUCCUCACCUAUCUGGGCCAUCUAUGGCCUCAGUACACCCUUGCCGCCAUGCAGAGGUUAUGAAAAAAAUUAUAGAGACUGUUACCGAAAGCGGUGGUGAGCUUGGUGUUCACAGCUAUCUCAUUGUUUUCCUGAAGUUUGUUCAAACCGUCAUACCAACAAUAGAGUAUGACUUUACACAAAAUUUUACCAUUCACUAA